AAAAUGGUACAGCUAAUGCUCUUUUAUACAUGCAUUGCGUUAUUGACGGUGGUGAGUGUAGAAUGUCAAAUGAGUCCAAGUGAAAGUUAUCCACAUUCAGCAACGCUGCGAUCUGGGAAUAUUUUAUUGUAUUGGAAAUUUGAUGACAUCUAUAUUACUUUCGAAGUAAUCGGGCAGACAACAGGAUGGAUUGGGAUCGGAUUUUCACCAAACGGAGCUAUGACAGCAUCUGACAUUAUAGUAGGAUGGGUAAAAAAUGGAAUCGCUACAGUGACGGACAGACACGGAGGCUCAUCUAACAUUUACCCACCUCUUGAUCCUGAACAAAAUAUUGAAGUACUGGGAGGUGCAGAAUCAAAUGGGUGGACAAUGUACAAAUUUUCACGUCAGAUUGCUGCCUGCGAGAGUGAUUACGAUAGAGAAAUCACGUCCAACACAGAAAAAAUAAUUUGGGCGUAUGGCGACACUGAUCCAUCAGGAGACGAUCUUGCUUCAGGUGAUUACCAUGGAACCAAAAGAGGAGCUGAAAGCAUGUAUUUUCUGCAAUCUUCCGGAACUCCAUCUGGCUUUCCAGUAGGGCCUGAAUACAACACGUUCGAAGUCCGUGCAACAGAAUUUACUAUUCCAUCAGAAGAUACAUAUUACAAUUGCAAACUUUUUAGGCUUCCGGACUUCGGUGGGAAACAGCAUAUUGUUAAGUGGGAACCGAUCAUCCAACCUGGAAAUGAACUUUUCGUACAUCACAUGAUUGUUUACACUUGUGGAGACAUACAAACGAACGAAACAGAAGCUCGUUGUUACACAUCAAAUAUGGCUCUUUUUUCCUCUUGCACGGUUAUUAUUCUUGAAUGGGCAGUCGGAGCAGAGGAAAUGAUAUACCCAACGGAAGCUGGUUUAUCUGUGGGUGGACCGGGAGAUCCAGUGUACGUACAGUUGGAAACACACUACGAUAAUCCGAAUGUGCUAUCUGGAGUACGUGACAGUUCUGGAAUCAGAUUUACUUACACUUCGACAUUAAGGAAAUAUGAAAUUGGCAUCAUUCAAAUUGGAACUCUUGUUAAUAGUCUUCAUCAUUUCAUUCCUCCUGGAGCCGAAAGUUUCAACAGCAUAGGUCAUUGUACAGAAGAAUGUGUCACAUAUAGAAUGGCGGCGUCUGGUGUUGAUAACGUUACUGUGUUCAGUGUUGUUUUACAUUCUCAUCUUGCUGGGAGAAAAUUAAGAUUGAGACACAUGAGAGGUGGCGUUGAACUUCCGUACUUAGGCAAUGAUGAGAAUUAUGAUUUCAAUUAUCAAGAGGCACGAUUCUUCAAUCCAGGAGUUAUCAUGAAAAAUACUGACUAUUUUCAAAUGGAGUGUGAUUAUAGCACUAAGUCUCGAACUGUAAUGACAGAGGGAGGAUAUGGUACUAUGGAGGAGAUGUGUAUGGGGUUUGUUUCGUACUAUCCAAAGUUUGAUUUAACGUCCUGUCAAUCAACUGUCAGUCAAUACGUUUCGUGGCCAUACCUCGGAAUUAAUGCUAAACAGAUACAGCAAAUAAACAACACCGCCGGAGAUCAUCUUUCUCAUUUCAUUUUGACUGGUCCAGAAGAGGUUGCCGGAAAGACGCUUUCAGAAUAUAUGAGCGAGCUCGACUGGAAUCAGGAAAACAUCACAAACUUUGAAAGUUUUUACAAUUCAGCACAGCACCUGGCGUUGUGUAUUCCAGCAAACCGGAGUCAAAUAGUCGUAUCUGCGUUAGUUCCAGCCAAUAUAACAACUCCAUACAUUCCUCCAGCGAAAGAAUGUCUGGUUGCUACAACAAGUCAAACGACAACUAGCCAUGGCCAUGCAGUCAAAUCGCCUCUUUUUAUCAUUAUAGUCUGGUUGUUGUUUUUCGCCUAUAUAGGUUACUCCAACAAUUGAAAGCCAAAAUCUGAUACAAUAUCUAGAGAACAUGACAUUUGAAUCGUUUUUUUUUUUAUAGUUUAUGCCUAAUUUAGGAAGUGUAGUUUGCUUAUAUCGAGGCAUACAUACAUUAGGAAUCAUUUGGGUUACCUGCUUAAAUUUGUAAA